GAAGAAGCGACGGACAUGGCUGCUUCUCUUUCCUAUUUAUUAUAACAGCUCCUUAAUUUCUCUUCUUCUAGGUCUCUGAGAACUCCUGUCUUCUCCAAUGUCGUCCUCUUCGUCAGAUGCUUGUGAGCUCAAAAUCUCCUUCUUCAAUUUUAUUAGUCCUUCUGUUUACCCCUGCUGCAAUUUCAGUGUCUGGAAUUUAAACGGAAUUGAGACAACGCACGUCUGCAAGUACCUUGUGGAGGAAGUAAAGGUUGACAUUGAUGUCGAGGAGAAGAAAUUUGGCAGUACUCCUUUACAUCAAGCAAUUUUACACGAGCGGUUCCAAACAGCUGUCCAUCCUCUUGAGAGUGGUGCAAAUCCGAAUGCUGUGACUCACAAUCGGCGAACUGCUUUGCAUUUUGCUGCAAAGAAAGGUAGUUGAACAGUUGGGAAAACAUUUGGACUCUUCAAAUAAAUUUAUUAAUUGCAUGGUGAUAAGCAGCUUUUCCAUUUUGUGUUACAUGCUUGUGUUGAAUUUUGUGGAUUAUCAUGGGGGUUUUUAUCCCCUUGGUUUUUCAUAGUCAUUAUACUGCAAUGUCAUACCUGUUUUAAUAGGUAAACCUUUCUUAGGUUGAGGGUUGGAGAGCAGGAAGGAAGCCAUUUAUAAUUCCAUUGCUGCAGACAUUCAAUAAUUUCUUUGAAUGCAGGUGUAAUGAUUUUAUUAGAGUUCUAUUGCUGCUUGCUUGAUUGAUCCGCAAUUUGUUUGGAAUUUCCAGUAUAUUUCUACUUUUCCAUUUACUUUGGUUUUUUCAUUGUAGUGUAAAUUUUUUCUAUUUGGCUUGAUUGUUAUAGGAGUUAGGAAACUUUUAAAGCUUUUAAUAAGGAAAGGUGUAGAAG